AUGGCGAGUGGCAUUCCCCCAGGGGAGUACGACCUCGACUUGUCUGCAUUUUCGCACGAAAGAGACCAAUUUGUCGCCUUUCGCUACAGCUUCAAACCGGCAUCCAUUACCGCCACCACCCAAGGCCUCUACACCCCCACCUCCACCUCCGGCGACGGUCAAGUCGUAUUUGACGUACCUAAUGGGAAACAAGUCUUUGACGUGAAGCCAGAAGAGGGGUCGAAGGGUAGAGGGAAGGAGUGCGUCAUGAUCUGGAAUGAGGACACGCAGACCUUUGAGCUGCAUCCAAUGGACACAAGUCUCAAUUUGAACUUGAAUCGGACAGCUUCAAACAGCUAUGCUACUUCUACAACGGGGAGCACCACUUCCUCCGCCUCAUUUCCCUUGUCUGGCCUGCCGCAUCCUUCAGCUUCGGCAGGGGCCGGAGCGGGUUCGCAGAUGGGAGACGACUUGGAUGCUGAAGGCGAGCUGGAGGAUGUUGUUAUCGAGGAUGGCCCGAUUAUUACAAAGGGUAGUGAGGCUGCGCUCUCGGUGCCGGAGCCGAAAGGGAGAGGGAGAGGGGCAAAGGGCAAGAAGCCUAUGGAGAGUGCGCCGAUACCCAUCAUUGGCACUACCAAGGCGCCAGCAAAGGGUAAAGCAAAGGCCAAGUCAAAACCAAAAGCUACGCCUACCAAAGGGAAGGCCGCCAAAGCAAAGGGCAAAGCGGCCGAAAAGACGCCACAGGGCAAGUUCAAGAGCUCCGAGUAUAUCCAAGACUCGGACGAAGAGAUCGGUCCAUCUCAAUCCGUUUCCCAGACCCGGUCACCUUUUCAAGGCAAGCCUAAAGUCGACGAUGCUCAGGACUUUGAUGAUGGGAUGGACGAGUUUGCCAACCUCCUUGGUGCAAGCUUGGCAGAAGGAGAAUUCGACGCAGACGGAGAAGAUCAUGAAGAAGUGCCCUCCCAGGCCCCAGUCCAGCAAGGAUACGAGCAGUACCCGAGGUAUGCUUACGACGAUGAAGACGACGACGAAGAGAGUGAAAGUGAGGAUGAUGAGCUGGGCGGGGCGAGAUUGGUGGUGAGACAGAAUGCUGAGGAAGAUGAGUCGGAGUGGAUAUAG